GCUUCUUCUAAACGUGCACUGGAUGAACUGGAUAUUCUUUUUGAAGCUUUGGACCGUUCAAAGUGCAUUAGCAAAGUUGUUUUUGACUUGAGCCUUGCCAGAGGGCUUGAUUACUAUACUGGAGUCAUAUACGAGGCUGUCUUCAAAGGAACUACACAAGUUGGUUCGAUUGCGGCUGGUGGGCGUUAUGACAACCUUAUCGGCAUGUUUGGCACCAAGCAAGUCCCUGCUGUUGGAGUCAGCCUGGGGAUCGAACGUGUGUUUGCUAUAAUGGAGCAGGUUCAGAAGGACAGGAACCAGGUAAGAUGAUGAAUGUAUUACCAAAAAUAGAAAAUCUUCUCGCCAAGAUUUUCCCCCCAAUUAAUCAAACUCUGGGAAUUAGAAAGCUAAAAGUGAACGGGCUAGAGAGUGGUUCUGACUUUUGAGACAUCUCAUAAGUGAUUAGGAGCUGAUGUUGUGAGGUUGAUAUGGCAAAAUUGACAAUCUUAU